GCUGCCGCGGCGAUGGGCGGGCGCUGCAACAGGCAAGCAGCUUGCUGCAAUUGGACAGGUGGAUGCACUUGUCUGGCAAAGGCGCAGGCAACUGGUCCUAGCGCUUCCUGGGCUUUCAAAUUUUGUAAUGCGUUGACGACGUCGCGCAGGAGUGCGUCAAAAAGCCGCCGCGCGUCCGCAAAGCCGAGCUAGCGUCCUGUAAAGACACUAGCAAGCUCAAGCACUCGAGCAGGACCACGUCUAUCGGCGCAUACGCCUCUCUACGAUCGCGUUGAACACAACCGAGAUUCGAAGGACUCAUCAGUGGUCGGCGUUGACCCAGCUCUGCAAGCAAUCCGUGUUUAAAACGGUCUCCUGACCACUUUGCUCUCACACGCUCAAGCUAGCAUGCCGCGCACGCUCUUAAUUGCCACUCUCGCAACAGCAUCCGCGCUGCGGGUCACGCGCCGCGCGCUCCCAGCGGCCGCCGCGUUGGGAGUCCCGGCCGCCGCGCAAGCCAAGCCGCCCGGCGGGACCGCGAGCCGCACCGAGGGCUACGAGGUCCAAAAGUCCGAGGCCGAGUGGCAGCGGCAACUGAGUAGCGUCGAGUACUUCGUCCUGAGGAACGGUGGCACGGAGCCGCCCAACAGUUCGCCGCUCGUCAAGGAGAAGCGCCCGGGCGAGUUCCGCUGCGCCGGCUGCGGCGUCCCGCUCUUCGCCUCGAGCGCGAAAUUCGACAGCGGGACGGGCUGGCCGUCGUUCGCGACGCAGCUGCCCGCCGUUGCCGUCGAAUCCUCCGCGCUCGAGUUCCUCGCGGGCGCCGAGAUCCGGUGCGGCCGCUGCGGCGGGCACCUGGGGGAUCGAUUUCUUGAUGGUGCUUUAUUCCCAGGCACGCCGGCGGCGCUGUCCGGCCAGCGCUACUGCGUCGACGGCUCGGCCACCGUCUUCUACCCCGCGGACGGCUCCGCGCCCGUGCGCGGCGAGUUCGACCCGGCGAAGCCGCGGGAGCUGCCCGCGUGGGCGCAGCCGCCGGGGAUUAAGGUAAACGGUUAGAUAA